CUUGUCCGACAUUGAUGAUUCUUUCAGAACGGUGGAUGGAUCAAAAACAACUAAUUGAAAAGUGAAUGAUUCUUCUGGGCGACCGUUAAAUCUUUGGAGUUCAUUACGACUGUUUUGCAGCACCGCCUUACGUCAGGUACGAAUGGCUGAUCUGUGUGGGAGACGAUUGGGAACGAGCCCUGUUGCGGUAUCAGAGCCAGUCAGAAAUGCAGCAGUCAGCCCAGAAACAGCAGGCGCCAAGCAGAGCUGUUUCUUUCUCACAACUCAGCACCCGUUUGCUGUUCAUAGUCAUGUCACUCGCAGCGAUCAUAGCUCUGCUGUUAUUCGUCUGGCCAACCGAAGAGAAAAACAAAGAUUUUUACUCAUUUAAAAGUGUGAACAUUAGAGGGAAGCUAAUUUCACUGGAGAAGUACAGAGGAUCGAUCUCUUUAGUUGUUAAUGUUGCCAGUGAGUGUGGCUUCACAGAAAAUCACUACAAAGACCUACAACAAUUACAACGUGAACUGGGACCAAUGCAUUUUAAUGUCCUGGGAUUCCCCUGUAACCAGUUUGGGAAUCAAGAGCCAGGCUCUGACCAAGAAAUUGAAAGGUUUGUGCGAAGGACCUAUGGAGUUUCCUUUCCAAUGUUCAGUAAGAUCAAUGUCAAAGGUCCUGGUGUGAAUGCAGCAUUCAAAUAUUUAACAGACUCCUCUGGGAAGGAGCCAAACUGGAAUUUCUGGAAGUAUCUUGUGGAUGCAAAUGGUGAAGUGGUGGAUGUUUGGGAAACAUCUGUUCCAAUUGCAGAAAUAAAGCCAAAAAUUGCAAUGCUCGUGAGGCAACUCAUUGUGAAACGAAAAGAUGAAUUGUAAUUUAACUCCAAAAUCUGUAAUAUCUAAUGUUACCUUAUUUUAGUUUACAUCAUUUUUAACAAAUUAUUUUUGUGUUAUCAUUUCUGUUCUGUGAAGCCCACUAAUUCAUUCCCUGUGACACUAAAUUUUCUUUGGCAUAGGUUAUGCCUUCCUACUGCAAUAAAAAUAGUUGAAGAAAUUAAGCAAAUUGUACAUCAUUUAUUACUUUUUUAAUUGAGGUAGAACUCAAGUUUAUUGUAUGCUCUAAAUAUAAAUGAAUACAUACAAUAAAAUUAGAAAUACAAGAUUCACCAAAACUUCAGUCACUGCAUACAAUGUUUUGCAAUUUACUUGUUUUCUUCUAAGUAACUUAUUUGAUAUUAUCCUUUAUAUUUUCAAGUAAAAUUUAUGUUAGUGGGUUGUUUACUUUCUUCAUACUAAGAAAACUAGAUCUGUUUCCAAAAGAUAGGGAAAGAUGUUUUAGUACAGAUUUAAAAACUUCCUAAAAUGAUAUCGCAUAGUAUAAUGUUAUUUUUGUAUUUGAAAGGAGGAGUGGCAAUUGGGAGAGGGAAACCAAUGGCAAAUGUAGUUUGAAGACAGAAUCUUUUCAGCUGCCUGCCCGAAACAGUUGAAAAAUGGCAGCAGGUUAGGAAUGGAAUUCCUGCUGGCAAGAAUGCUAAAUGGAUAAUUUGGGGUGGCCUUUGAUAAUGAAAGGGACACUUUGGAGUAGCAGAAAACAAAUUUUCCUCAUUGGGUCUAGAUGAAUGUUCCUGUUCCUGAUUAUUUUUAAGAAAUCUUAGAUUAAAUGUUUUCUUCUCAUUGUUUUAUCCCUUAUGAGAAAGCUACUGAAACUUGCCUUGUAAGGUCAGAAUAAAAAUUCUGUUUGGCCCAGAAAACUCCACUAGAUUCAGACAGGUGCUUCUUAUGCUAUCUCCUUAGAGUGUCUUAAAAUCAGUGUAAACUAGGUGGGAAAUUGGUGAAUAAGGCAUUUGAGACACCUUUAACUGUGCACGAGUUUCGGGUAGGGUUAAAGUGCCCCAUUUUUGCUCACCACAUAUCUCAUUAUUAAUAUAUGGCAACUAUGGGGAAUAUGAAUGUUAUGUUUUUAAGGCAAUGAAAUGUAUAUAGAGAAAUGUCCAGUUCAAAUGCGUUUUGAUGGAAAGAUGGAGUGACCUCGAAUUUGGCCCUGUUCUGAGACACACAAUCGUGAACGUGUUUUACAUACGUAUAUUGUUUAUGCCUUCCUAAUGAUUGUACAGAUUUAAUUGAAGGUGCAUCCAACCUUGACAGGCUUCUACCUAGAAAGAUGGAUGUGAAUCAACAGUUCCCUAUGUUUAAUUUUCUAUCUAGUUCUUCCUUUAUGAGGUCCAAUGACCAUCGAGCUACAGGAAGAUAUCUUAUUUGCCACUAGUCCCAGUGACAAUCUACCAGUAUUCAGAAGAUGAUUAAUGGAACAACAUUAGAGAGCAGCACAGUAAUUCACUGAAUAUAUUCAUCUUUUGAGUUACACAGAUCUUGAUGUUUGAGGAAGCUGAUGGGUGGAAAAGCGGAAUUGUGGACAGGAUUACAUCAGUCAUCAUAAUAAACAAAAAACAGUAGAUGCUGGAGAUCUGAAACAUACAAAAACAGAAAUUGCAGAAGAAAAGUCACUGAACUCUAAAUAUUAACCGUGUUUCUCUCUGCCCACAUACUUCUGGACUCCCUGAGUUUUUCCGAUAAUUUUUGUUUUUGUUUAGACCAGACAUAGACACGUUGAGAGGUGGAGCAGGCUAAGCGUCAAAUUUUAAACCCCUGUCAUUGUUUAUUAUGCCUUAUAUAUGCUGCAAAGAAUCUCAGGAAAGUUGAGAUAUCCACUAGAAAUACUUAUUGUGUUAAAUAUUAAAUAAAUCUGCAUAGAAAAGUAAAAGUUUGAUUGUGGCAUUUCAAUUCUCUGUAAACAUUAAGCAGUGUCAGUAAGGAAAUGUCUCAGUUUGUUAAUGGUUCAAAGAUGAACAAAAUAAAUUCAAAUCUUGUAACAAUUUGA